AGAAAAAUUACUCAAAAAAAAAAAACACAAACUACAUCAAUGCACCACAAUGCUACUCUAUACUCGAGGAUUCUGUGAUUUGUGUAUAAAACACCACACAUCAUUCAAAUACUAUUGAGAUGAUCACCAUGAAGGUUCACAUAAUCUCCAAAGAAACCAUCAAACCUUCUUCUCCAACCUCUCCUCACCUCAAAACUUACAAGCUCUCUUUGUUAGAUCAACUUUCAAGUCGUUUUUACAUAUCCAGAGUUCUCUUCUACACCUCUAAUGCCUCCGAUAAUACAUCAUACAAGGCCUCUCAUCUCAAGAAAUCCCUCUCUGAAACCCUAGCACUGUACUACCCGUUUACAGGAAGGCUCAGAGAUGGUGUCUGCAUAGAUUGUAACGACGAUGGAGUCGAAUUAUUUGAAGCUAAGAUCAGUUGCAGGCUGUCUGAGAUCCUCAAAAAACCCACGCCAGAGACUCUGCAUGGGCUGUUUCCUAGUGAUUUGCUUGGGAACAACUCAUAUAAGGGCAGUUUGGUGGUGAUUCAGAUCAACUAUUUUGAUUGUGGAGGAAUGGCUGUGAGUGUGUGUGUGUCACACAAAGUUGCAGAUGGAUGCACCAUGAGCAACUUCAUCAGUGACUGGGCUGCCAUGGCUCGGCAAGAUGGAGUUCCAUCACAUCCUAUGUUCAUCGCUGCAACAUCAAGAUCCCCAUUAGACAAUCCAUUCGACAUGCCUGAAAUCGAGCUGAAGAAACAAAGUUGUAUCACAAGGAGGUUUGUGUUCGAUUCCCCCAAAAUAGCCAAACUCAAGUCCAUGGCAGCAGAUCCAAGAGCUCAGAAUCCAACCCGUGUUGAAGUUGUAACCGCGCUACUUUUCAAAUCUGCCAUGGCUUCUAUGUCAAGAAAAAACCCGAGCUUGUUGAUCCAAACUAUGAACAUGCGCCCAAAAAUGUCCCCUCCAUUACCACCAAAUUCUGCUGGGAAUUUUUGCUGGCACUUCACAUUAUCACUAAACGGUGAUCAGAGGGAUACAAAGUUGCACGAAUUGGUAACCCAAAUGAGAAAAUGUAUGACACAGUUCCAUGACAAGAAAGUGAGAAAUUUCACAGUGAACGAAUGGUUCGUGACAGUGCGCGAAUCAUUGAAAGAGGCAAAAGCAUUGUAUGAUAGUAAAACUGAAAUUAAUGUUUUCAGCAGCAAUAGUAUGUGUAGGUUUCCGUUUUACAAAGUUGAUUUUGGGUGGGGAAAGCCAGUGUGGGUGGCGAUUGCUGGUAAUGUUUUUAAGAAUACUUUUGUUUUGAUGGAUUCGCCAUGCUCAGAUGGGAUAGAAGCUUGGGUAACUUUGGAUGAACAAGACAUGGAAGUGUUUGGAAAUGAUGAAGGUAUACUUAGAUUUUCCUCUUUGAAUCCAAGUGUUUUAGACACUGACCGUGAGGUGUGAAUUAAUUUAUCAUAAUCCCAAUUUGUACUCUUGUUCAUAUCCCAAUUUAUAUACAUACAAAAUGGUAGAUGACAAAUGCUCAAUUUUAAAAUGAAUCAAUUAUGAUUGAGAUAUUCAUUAUAGCAUCCGAAUUAGUUGU